GAAAUUAAUUUUUAUAAGAGGAAGAGGUGACAAACGGUAAACGAAAUAAAAAUCCAAAAAAUAGUACGAAAUAAAAUAAAAUAAUUAAUAAAGAAAGCGGCAAACAUAAAAGAAAAACUCGGCACAAAGUUUAUUAAACAACUUCAAAGAACAAAAAGCAGGAAGACGUAGACACGGCAAACGAAACUAAAGAAAGUACAGUGAAAUUUUAUUUUUCUGAGAAAGAAAUUGGUGUAUGUGUGUGUGCAAGUGUGAUUGAUUGUGAGCACGAAACAGAAGGGAUCUUUUAAAACGCAUCAUAUAAAGGAUUUUAGACAUUAAACUAGAAAGGAGCCUUCACUGUCGCUGCUGGAAAAAAACUAAAACAAACAAAGCCAAAGAAUUUUUAAUUCUAAAUUUCGCUUUUGUAUUUUACAACGGUCCUCACCAUUACAACAGAGAUUUUUCAUAACAUAAAACAAAACGUUUUACUUUUUUGGCGUGCUUGCGUUUACCAUAACAACAAAUACAAUAAAUCCAACCAAACGAACGACCCAUUACCUUACACAACAAGGGCGUUUUUCGUCAUACAACCAACAAUUCAUGGUUCAUACCACCACCAUCAACAUCACCACUACAUAAUUUGUCUUACCUCGAAAAGUUAAGUAAAGAAAAAAGACGAAAAAAGAGAAAGAGUCAUCAUCACAUAUACUUUCUCCCCCCAUUGGUCUCCGUUGAAAUCUUCGUUAACACAAAAAGCGCGUGCGCAAAUCUCACACAAACGGCUUUUUAAUGAUGUCGUCCGAUCAACAGUUCUUUUUAAAAUGGAACGAUUUUCAAACGAAUAUGGUUACGUCGUUUCGGCAUUUAAGGGACGAGAAAAGCUUUACAGAUGUUACACUUGCCUGUGAAGGUCAAACAUGCAAAGCACACAAAAUGGUACUGUCUGCAUGCAGUCCGUAUUUUAAAGCAUUGCUAGAGGAAAAUCCUUCCAAACAUCCUAUCAUUAUAUUAAAGGAUGUUUCCUAUAUACAUCUGCAGGCAAUUUUAGAAUUUAUGUACGCGGGUGAAGUGAAUGUAUCGCAAGAACAAUUACCUGCAUUCCUUAAGACAGCUGAUCGCCUCAAAGUGAAAGGCUUAGCAGAAACACCCAGUUCUAUAAAGCGGGAAGGUUGAUGGUGGUAAACUAUAAUUAAGUACUUUUGACAUAAUAAAACUAUCAAACCCACAAACAUACAUUUCUUAUGCAUUGGACAAGAGGUUGCUGCAUAUAACAAAAAAACAAACGAAAAAAAUAUAUACAAAACACACACACACAUACAAUAUCCGCAUAAAAUGAACAGCAAAGACAAUGCCACAACACAAUUACAACAAUAACACUCCAUAUACAAAUACAGCUACAUACCAAAGAGCUAGAGAGAAUAGAAGAAGGACGAUAUGAAGACUAAGAGAAUCUAAGAGCCAACAAAGAAUAAAAUCGAGGGAAAUUUUAAGAAAAAGCUGAAAUAACAAUAAUAUGUAAAUUGAAUCUCUAAUUACAUUUGAUUACACCUAAUUGUGCGAUAUUUAAGCAUAUAUUUUUUAAAUGGCAAUUUGCAAAUUAUUGUUUUAUUAUUUUUGAUAACCCUAAAGGCAAGCAUAUCGUCUCUUUUCUAUAUUCCAAAGCUCUUUGCUACCUACAACACCGAUACACACGUAGAAAUAAACGAACGCUUACCAUCAACAAGACAACAUUUUCCAUGAAACAGAAAAGCCAACAACAUCAUCCUAGAUCCUAAAACAAAUCUUCUUGCAUACAUAUAAAACGUUUCUAACAUCCAUUAUAUCCCAUGCUUAUCCAAGCUCUAUUUAUCAUUUACAAUUUAAAAACUAUAAUAAAUGCUGCAGAUGAAAAUACAACAAAAAUGAA